AUGUAUAAAUUGUGCAUUUUCUUGUUGGGAACGGCUUUGGCUUUGCCUAAUCCAGAAAUAUUGGAACAUAAUAACGUAGACAAUGCCGAACAAGCUAGAGGCCUAGGAAAAGAGUGUUCUGGAGGCAUCUUCAGUCCAACUUGCCUGAAAAUAGAAGCAAUAUCAGUCCUUGAAAAGUUAAAUUUGAAGGAUGAACUACAUUUAUUACCAGGAAUCAGUGUUGUGAAGGAAUCUAAGGAAAAUGAAAGCAAAGCUGAGGAGUUUGCCGCAGAAAUGGCUAGGGCGAUGCCUUCAAAGCCUGACGAAAGGCUAGAUAAGUACUUGUUAUACAGACUUGGAAGUUAUUUGGACAAUCAUUCAGUGAAGCUCAGGUUAUUGGAUGAUGGUGCUACAGAGGAAGCAAGAGCUUUAAUCGGUGAAGCCAGGGCCAAGGGUGGUUUGGGCGGUGGCAAGAAGGGCGGAAUGGGAGGACUGAUAGCUGCUGCGAUGAUGAUGAAAGGUACCCUCAUGUCCGUUGGACUUGGUGCUCUAGCUUUACUAGCAGGUAAAGCUCUAAUGACAGCUCUCAUGUCACUACUGUUGUCAGCAGUGAUCGGUCUGAAGUCCUUAUCUAGUGGAGGAAAAUCUACAACAUAUGAAAUCGUAUCAAAACCGAUUUAUACACAUUCCCAUUCACAUUCAACGGCACAUGAAGAUGUUGGCGGAUAUGGACAUUCCGGAUAUGGUAGAAACUUGAAAGCUAGAAGACGU